AUGAGGCGGGUGGCGGGGGAGUACGUCCUGGUGGACGGUUCGGGGAACGGCACCGUGAUUUGCCGCAGCAACGGCGUGCGGAGGCGUGCAGAGGCCAUACUGGACUUCCUCUGGGAGAAGGGAUGCACUUCUGAGGUCAAGAUCCGGGCGGUUCUCGGCGACAGCCCUGAUACAAGCAAGGCUCUUCGCAUGUCAGUACAGUAAUCAUCAUUCCCCUACAUCUAGCCGCCCGUCCAACUGGGGGAUCCAUCCUAACUACCCUUUUCUUCUUCUGCCCUGUCUUGUCUUAUAAAAUUCGCAUCGGCACACAAUGUUGUUCUAUUUUCUGAAGUCCUCGUCCGUGGUCUUGGAUUUCUCCGCAGGCUUGUGAAGCUCGACCAAGUGAAACGUUCCGGAACUGGCGGUCGCCAGAAUCCCUUCCUCUACUGGGUAAUUAUCACAAGCCUUCGAAAAUUGCUGCCCUGCUCAUCGUCUUUUAUUUUAUUGGGUUUCUUGUGGUCAUCUCAGGUCUCGGAAUCAGUAGACGGGCACACCAUCUGA